ACGGAAGAAGUACUUUUUUACAUUUUCAAUACAACUUUUUAUAUUUCUAAUACAAAAAACACCUAAAAAUACACUAAAAAAACAAUUCAAACAUACCCUAAAAGAUUUUUACAAGUUUGAUAGCGAUUACUACGAAACGUGUUUUCGGAAAAAAAAGAGGAGUUGUAUGGAGUGUUUAGAGUUUGGUCCACUAACAAAUUCUCACAUGGCUAGUUUAAGCUCUAAGGAUUUUGGUCUUCGCUUUUACAGUUGCAAUGAAAAUGAAAAUUAGUGCCAAUGACGCCUUAAAUCUUCAACUCCAUCUUCGCAACUAUAAGUUGAAUUUCAACGCAUGAAACCGGUAGAGAAAUUGAAGUUGAUGAUCAUGAUACGUGUUCAUUCAUCAAACUGUAAUAAUCCGCCGAAUACAAAAUUCCAUUGUCAUUUCACGCCGACUGAGCCCACCCAAUGUACUGCAAAUUCGUUUUUUAGGCAUGAACCGAACUAUAUCGAUCACUUGUAAUCAAUUAGUACUAGCCAACAUGCUCAUGCAAAUUCAAUAUAACGAGUUUCCUAAUCCUAGACCAUUUGGACGGCUAAGGCUUAAGAAGCUGGUAAAAGUCAUUUUCUAUCUACUCACUCCCCCCCGGAAAGAACCAUUGUUUGGGUAAAAUCAUAAAACAAUUCUAACAAUCAUUUUAAGACGAAACCCAAAAAAAACAAGAGGUAAAUUGGUAUUAGUUCUACCUACCUAACUCGGUGCCUUUUCAAUUAAUGCCCUAGCAGGUAUGUAUGAUCAGUGAUCACAUUCGCCAUUACUGCUCUUGUUAUAAUCCUCCUGACAUGACAUCAACAUGGGAAGAUUGAAGAAAAGUUGUAAUGGGAAUAUUGUUAUUAUUUCAACCAACUAACCAAAUAGAACUUGAGAAAAAGAAAUCUAAACUUACAACAAAAAGAUACAAAAAUCUUGUUCUGCUGACUCCAAUGGAUGUUAUUAUGGUGGGAAUGCCUGGAAAUAAUGGAUACAGUUCUUGUUCUUCUUCAACACAUCUUGGUUCAUCAACAACCUCUGUUCUUUAUCCUUGCAAAAACUUCAAGAUUCAUAAUUUUGCUUUGACUUUGGGGAGGAAAAAAAACCCAGUUCAUUUGCAUCGCUGCUGCUGUUCUCCUCCUUCUUCGCCAGAACUGCAACCACUACUUCCCGUUUCAUCUCCCACACAGUUGAUUGAGCAUUUGUUAGCUAAGAAAGACUUGAGUGAAGAAGAAGCAGAGGCUUCAUUGAAUUGGUUGCUUGACAAUGGCAGUGAGGCCUUGAUCAGUGCUUUCCUUGUUCUCUUGAGAGCCAAAGGUGAAACCUUUGAAGAGAUUGCAGGGUUUGCGAGAGCGGUGAUCAAAUGCUGUAAGAAGGUGGAGGGAUUAGACGGUCUAGUGGACAUAGUCGGAACAGGAGGUGAUGGAGCUAACACGGUGAAUAUUUCAACUGGUGCAGCUAUUUUAGCUGCUGCUUGUGGUGCUAAAGUUGCUAAGCAAGGUAAUCGAUCCAGUUCUUCUGCUUGUGGAAGUGCUGAUGUUUUGGAAGCCUUGGGAGUGGCAAUUGACUUGGCACCCCAGGGGGUGAAGAAGUGUGUGGAAGAAGUUGGAAUUGGAUUUAUGAUGUCUCCUAACUAUCAUCCUGCAAUGAAGAUAGUCGCACCUGUAAGAAAAAAGCUUAAAAUAAAGACAGUGUUUAACACCCUUGGUCCGAUGCUGAAUCCAGCUCAGAUCUCUUUUGCAGUUGUUGGUGUAUACAAAGAAGAUGUGGUAAGCAAGAUGGCAAGGGCCUUGCAAAGAUAUGGCAUGAGAAGAGCAUUAGUUGUCCACUCUGAAGGGUUGGACGAAAUCAGCCCCCUUGGACCAGGACUGGUGUUGGAUGUUACACCUGAAAAGAUCGAAAAGUUCUGUUUUGAUCCAUGUAAGAAACUAAGAAUCACAGGUCUAAUGUAUUGCAAGUGCUCUCAGUUACAUUUCUCUUUCAUGUCAUGAAGAGAAGUCAAAACUGGAAGAAGACAUGCCAGUUCAGACAUAGUGAUAGAUUGCUCUAGAUAUCUUUGGCUGAGGGUUUGUAACCAGCUUGUUUUACCUAUAUUCCAGUGGAUUUUGGAAUUCCACGCUGCACGCUUGACAGUUUGCAAGGGGGAAAUCCUGAUCAUAAUGCUACUGCACUAACCCGAGUCCUAUCUGGUGAUCCGGGGCCAAUUGCAGAUGCAUUUGUAAGUUGUAACCCUCUUUCAUGUCUUCUAGUCUCCGGCACAAUAUUGGCAUGUCAUUUAUGCCAGGCCACAUUGCAUUUCCUUCUCCGGUUACACCGUAAGAAUAAGCAUUUUCAAGUUUUUGAUUUCAAUUGAAUGUCCGCGACUGAAAAUGGUUCAACAUUUUGAAUAUUUUAGGUAUUGAAUGCAGCAGCAGCGCUAUACGUGUCUGGCCGUGUUGGUAGUUUAGGUGAUGGUGUUGUUUUAGCCCAAAAAACGCAUGAAUCCGGGGAAGCUUUAAAUACUCUAUACUCCUGGAGACACAUCUCUGUAGUAAGUCAAAUUUCUCACUCCAGAUCUUAAAUUGUGCAAACAAUUCCUUAAUUUGUUGAUAUUAUAAUUCAUUUAUCCAUUUCCUCUUAACUGCUGCUACAGAUGAUCAAAGAAACCGAAGGUUUGGUUGCUCAUCAGAAGCCGUGAAAGUAAAGCUUUAUCACUAAUACCACCUCAGUGGUAGGACAAUAACAGAAAACAUGCAUUCUUUCCUAUGAGGAUGUAAAUGUUAAGAAUCGUUAUCGAAAUGGCCUGGAGACAGGAGCCUUAGGCAAGAGAAAUAUUUAUGAUUAGAUAAAAUGACUUCCAUCCACAAGCGCACACAGUUUAGAAAUUCAGCUUUAACAUUAGUACACAAAGAUACUGGAAACGUUGAACUAAACUUUUAUUUCUAUCUGAUCUGGUGAUCUUCAAACAGUGAGCCCCCCUGAGAUCGUCUAAGAGGAUGACGCCCCAGUAAUAGCUCCAGCUUCUUUCAACAAAGGAACAAGCUUCUCACCCUUGUGCAAGGCAGUCGUGUCUACAAAAUCCAACCAUUAACACCGUUAUCAGAGCAGCCACUAGUUUCCAUAUUGUCAAAGAACUAAACGAUACUACAGAAUUACUGAAUCUAAAAAAAAACUGACGAAUGAUCAAAUAGAUGAAAUAAAUCUUUACCAUCACAACCGCCGAUGUGCUUUCCCCCGAUGAACACAUUAGGAACAGUCCUCUGUUUACUUAUCUCAAACAAAGCAUUCUGGAUCUCGCCUCCAUCACCUGCAUGAUUCCACAGAUAAUGAGAUUACUAAUGUUGAAAAACUAAGACAUAUAUUACCUCCAGACAACUUGUUCAAACACAACAAUCUACCACUGUCACAACAAACUAAGACAUAUAUUACAUCCAGACAACUUGUUCGAACACAACAAUCUACCACUGAAAUCCACCACUGAAGCCAAACCUAAAUCAACAGCAAAUGAAUAGAUCUAUAUCUAUAAGACAAUAAACUAUCAGAAAACAACAAUAUCUAACCCAAAAGAACAUGUUCUGAUAUUUAGUAUGAAUAUAUCAAAAGCAAAAGCAGAUGAUCAAUCUACCCCCAAAGAAAUUCAAUCACUAAAUGCUUGAUCACCAAACAAACGAGAACAUAUGUUUUCAAACCUAUACUAUACAACAUCUAUCCAGUUAUAGCAACCAAAAAAGGGAAUCAGAAUCAAGAUUUAGUUUCAUAUUAUGAACAGAACUAAGUCAGGACCAGAAUGGAUAAAAUUAUGCAGUGAUGAAUAAAAAACCCAUAGUAGCAAAAUGAUAUUAAUCAAAUCACCAUCGACACAAACAGUAAUCAGUCAGCUAAAAUUUAAUCGAGGAAUCCCCAAGAAAUGUGGCAGAAUUUGACAAAGGAGUCAGAAAUCCAGAUGCCAGGUAACUUCAAACAAGAGUCAAAAUCGGCUAGGGUUUGUCAGGUAGCAAUAAAAUUUGUAACGAGCAAUCCAGUAGAAAAUAGAGAGGGGAAGAAAGAACAUACUCUCAGUGUCCAAUUCAAUGGCCUUAAAGGUGGCGCCGAUAUCAGUCAGAAGCUUCUUCACGCUCAUACAGAACGGACAGUAUGACUUGCUGCAAUUUCCCAAAAAUAAUUUAUUGUGAGCCGGAUUUCGAUCCCAAACCAAAAACGAAAACAAAAACCAAAAAGGGGAAACAAAACUGGAAAUUCGCGAAAGGAAAAAGAAGGAAGAACCUGAAAACGACAGCAGGAUUGGAUGAAAUCAAGUCCUUAGCCUUCUGGACAGCAGCCAUUUCUUUAUCCUGGAUUUGGAUGACUUUCACUGGGAUGGGAUCGAUGAAAUUGAUUGAAGAUUGAAUGAAUUGAAGGAAAUGAUAGUGGGAUGGUUUUAUAGAAUCAGCUAACCGACUCCGCGUACUCCGUCUGACGUCCGUGACUGCGCAGUUUUAAAGGGGGAUUUUCGGGAAAACGCGUGGUCGACGGUCGACGUCGACUUGACUUGGGCCCUCACUCUCCAAUUUAUUAAUUGCUGUUUAUCAUCUCUCUAACAGGCCAAUAUAUUACUAGAGUAAUUAGCAGUCCACCCAAAUAAUGAUUGGUCUUUUGUCUCCCAUCGUGUUUGUGUCCAUAUAAUUUGGAGAGAGCUGACCAGCCCGACAAGCUGAUAAUUUUAUGGUCAAUUUGUUCAGUCAAAGAGCAGAUUGCUGCUUUUAAUUGAUUUUCGAUUUGGAUGCAAGCAUUCAGAUUUUUCCUUUUUUUUUUUUUUUUUGAAAAUUGCAUUCAACUCAUUGCAGCGAAAAUUCCUUCUUUUUAGAAAAUUUCUUCUUUUUAGUUCAACUCAAUGCAUUUGGAAGUUAGGCCAAAAAAAAAAAAAAAAGAAAAAGAAAAAGAAGCAGUUGUUUUCAGCAUUUUACUUGGUCAGACAAAAUGGAGAAUCUAAUGGCAUCAAUUUUCCAGAAAAUGUUAUCACUGCACAGUUCACGUAAACUCGUCAAAAUUUAACUCAAUUAUUUUAAUCACUGGUCCAGUCCUGCGUUUGUAAUUUAAUCAGUUCAACACGGCCACACCUAUCACUCUAUCAGCAUUUAGGAGUACCUUUUUCCCGAUGAAUAAUAGCAGUAACAAAUUUUGACAACUGAAAAUUACUCCAUCCAUUUUAAAAUAAGUGUUGUCCUACACUUUGCACAUAGUUUAACAAACUCUUAAAUAAGAUAAUAAAAUUACUUAAAUAUUCUUAACCAACCCCAUUACA